AUGUUCAAGGGUUCGUUUCGAAGCCGCGAUGCCGGGACCUCCCAGCGGGAGGCUGCCUCGGGCACGAUGGAUUCCCACCACCGGGUGGACAAGUCUUCGAGGUUGACGAGGAAGGGCGCCGUGCGGGAUGCCCAGAAAGUAUCCAAGCUGCAGAAGUCGCUCGCAGGCGAGGAGCCCUCUCGCAUGCAGACUACUUCGCAGGUGAGGGCCGAUAAGAAGUCCAUCGCACCUUCGCCCAUCGUCACUUUAGUGGUGGGCCGGGAGCAGCGACUAUUUGCAGCGCAUGAGGACGUGUUGUGCCAGGCGCCUUUCUUUGAGAAGGUCCUGCGCAGCAACUUCGUCGAUGCGCAGAAUAAGAGGAUUUCGCUUCCGGACGAGGAGCCGGAGGUUUUCAGCGCGAUCCUCGAGUAUCUCUACAAGGGGGACUACUACCCCCGCCUGCUGCUCAACGAGCAGCGCAACUCUUGGGAGCUCGAGGACACGCUUCCCCGUCGGGCCACACCGCAAGCCUCCCCGGCGGGCAACACUUCACCAAACUUCGGAGGUGGCCGCGCAGGGCAAGCCUCCCAGACUCCUUCGGCUGUCCAGCCAACGGUGUACCUCUCGAGCAUCGGCCAACACCUGCUCCGUGACACGGUUGUCUACUGCGUCGCGGAGCGCUACGGGUUGGAGGAGCUCAAGAAGCUGGCGCUGCGGAAGCAAGGACUGCAUUCCGGGAUCGACGUCGGCACGAUCCUCCGCAGCGCGCAGUAUUGCUAUGCCAACACGCCCGAAUCGGACAGCCGCCUGCGCGCCCAUUACCUGGCGCUCAUCAUCCGGUGCCGCAAGACCUUCAAGCGCAGCGGCACCAUGCAGGCAGAGAUGGAGAAGUGUGGCGGUGAUGCGUAUGGUGAGGGAGGUGGGAAGUUGUUCUUUGACCUGUUUGUUGCCAUGUGCAACCACCUCGACGACGUCAUUGAGGCGAGCAACGCGCGGACCCCCAAGACGAUCUGA